GGUUUAUAGUACCAAUGCAAAAACUAUAAAUAGCAAAAUAAAGAUCACUGUCAUUGGUUUGUUGGCAGUUACCCAAAUACAAUUUACUAUGAAGAUCAUUUUGUUGAUAACUUUUGCUUCCCUUUUUCUGGGACUUUGGGCCAUCCCUAGUCAAUCUGAUAUCGCCGAAGAUGAAGGGAGGAUUGUCGGUGGAAACGCAACGACUAUAGAACGUUUUCCGUAUGUUGCACAGCUGUAUCAUGCAAAUGUAUUUUUUGGUGGAGCAACCAUAAUUUCCCCAAAAUGGGUCCUCACCGCAGGACAUUGUACUUAUGGGCAAAAUACAAGCGACGUUACUUUACGUGUCGGUGCUACCCCGUUUAAUCAAACAAGAAAUGAAGCAAUAAUUGUAGCAGAGAUACACAUUCAUCCCCGGUACAACGAUACAACGGUAGACUAUGAUAUAAGCAUUCUCCGUCUGCAAAAAGAUCUUGUAUUUGGAAGAAGAAUUCAUUCAGUACCUCUACCACCACGCAACGUCGUUUUAUCUGCGGGAACGGCAGCUACCGUUGUCGGCUGGGGUCGUUUAUCUUACCAAGGUGAACGUCCAACACAGUUGCAGCAAGUAUCAGUGCCAAUCAUUACUAAUGUAGAAUGCGCUCGUCGUUAUGCUAACACUACCGAAGUCUAUGUUACUGAUAGAGUUUUAUGUGCUGGCUUUCAACAAGGAGGAAGAGACGCUUGUAAUGGUGAUUCUGGAGGGCCAUUGACUGUGAGUGGCGUACUUUUUGGAUUGGUUUCAAACGGUAUAGGUUGCGCUGAUGGCAGAUAUCCGGGUACCUACACCAAUGUUUCAAGUUUGCGCUCCUACAUCUCAUCAAUCACUGGGCUCUGAUUCUGUGGGCUUCAUACUGUACCAUUAAAUGUAAAAAUCAUUAUAAUCAAUAAAAAACUACUAUUGUUACAGUG